CGGCGGUUAUCAUAGUUGUGUUUAAAAAAUACAUGCGCGGCGUUUUGAACUAUGUCAUCUGUUUAACUAAAAAACACAUUGUGAAGCAAAAUGGCGGAGAGGGCAGGAGACGACCACCAACCCGAAGAUGACUACACAGAUAGUCAUGAGAACUUUGGGAUGGAUACUACCCAUUCCCAGCCAGCAAUCCCUCCAUCGCCACAAGACAAUGACCAGCACCCUUCCCGGACGCAACUAGACUAUGGACACGACACAAAUACCACAGUGGUUGUUAAUCAACCAAAAGCAGCCACCGUCAUUGUCCAGCAGACACCCCCAGAUUACAUGGCGGUAUCAAUUUUGACGUGCUUGUGUUGUUUCUGUCCUACUGGAAUAUGCGCAAUCUACUAUGCAGACGAAGCAAACCGUUUGGCGAAUGCGGGUAACUAUCCUGGGGCAAGAAAGAUGUCUGACAACGCCAAGAAGCUGAUAAUAACUAGUGUGAUUGUUGGAAUGAUUUGGACGAUCCUUGUGGUUGUCUUGCGGUUUACACUGUAUUUGAACUAUAUACAUUAAACAAUACAUUUACGUAUACAUGAUACAUGAAUGAAAACAUAUUAUCCUAGAACCUCAAUUGUAACGCACUGACUUAAAAAUCAAAUUUUAAAUGCAUUUUUUAAAGAUCAUCGAAAAGGAAAACUGGAUUGAUCAGAAAAUUUAAUGUUAAAUUGCUUCCUUGUUUCAUCAGAUCAGAUUGAAUCAGAUUUGACAAUCAUUUACUUUGCCAAACUUUUUUCUAAAAACGAAACAAUUUGUCAUAUUAGCUGAAACAUAUUCUGCUUUUUUACAAUUUUUCU